AUGGGCAAAUCUUUUCUGAUUGUAGAUACAAGUUCUCUAGUCAUCAGCCUUGUCUUGAUCCUAAACGGAGUGUUCAUCUCCGCGGUGCAACUCAAUGGCAAGACCAAGGUUCAUAUUGUACACUUGGGAGCAAAGCAACAUGAUACCCCUGAGCUGGUUACUAAAUCGCAUUACCGAAUUCUUGAAUCACUUCUUGGAAGCAAAGAAACUGCCAAUGAUUCUAUAGUUUAUAGUUACAAGUAUGGUUUUUCUGGCUUUGCGGCAAAACUUACCGCCUCUCAAGCAAAGAACCUUUCAGUGCAUCCCGAGGUUCUUAGUAUUUCGCCAAAUCGAGUAAUGAGGUUGAAAACGACGAGGACAUUCGAUUACUUAGGACUUUCUCCUACUACUCCAAAAGGUCUUCUACAUGAUACCAAGAUGGGAAGUGAAGUUAUUAUUGGGGUGAUGGACUCAGGGAUAUGGCCAGAGUCAAAGUCAUUCAAUGACACAGGUUUAGGACCGAUCCCAAAGCGUUGGAAGGGGAAAUGUGUGUCUGCAGAUGGAUUUGACCCCAAAAAACAUUGUAACAAAAAAAUCAUAGGAGCUGAGUUCUUCACUGCAGCUCUUCUUGCUGACAAUGAGGGAUAUGAUUUCGCUUCAGAGUCCAAGUCCCCGAGAGAUAUUAUCGGCCAUGGGACACAUGUCGCUGCAAUUGCUGCUGGUUCAUUUGUUGCUAAUGCAAGCCAUAAAGGACUAGCUGUAGGAACCGCUAGAGGCGCGGCUCCUCAUGCACGUAUAGCUGUGUACAAGACAUGUUGGAAAGAUCUUGGAUGCUUUACAGCCGAUACAGUCAAAGCAAUUGACCACAGCAUACGCGACGGAGUUGAUGUUAUAUCCCUUUCCAUUGGUACUGAUGCCCCUGCCAGUUUCGAUGUCGAUGUCGAUGACAUUGGAUUCGGUUCAUUCCAAGCCGUAAUGAAAGGCAUUCCCGUUGUUGCUGCUGCUGGAAACGAAGGACCUGACGCUCAAACCAUUGAUAAUGUUGCUCCAUGGAUUAUUACCGUCGCCGCAACAACCUUGGACCGUUCUUUCCCAGUACCCAUCACUCUUGGAAAUAAUCUAACUAUUCUGGGUGAAGGUUUAAACACAUUUCCUGAAGUUGGAUUUAAAGAACUUUCAUUAUCAAUGGAAAUGUUCAACGAUGAUCAACCUAAAGAUUUAAUCGUCCUUGCGUUUACACCAAACGCUGUCGAGAGAAGAAGGGUAAAUAGCAUACUUGAAGCUGGAGUUGCUGGUAUAAUCUUUGCACAAUCUGUACUUAAUUCCGCGGUUUGCGCUGGCGUGAAUGUUCCUUGCGCCGUGGUAGAUUACGAAUUCGGAACUGACAUCUUAUACUAUAUCCAAACCACAGAAAAGCCUUUUGUAAAAAUAAGCCCUGCCAAGACAAUCAUUGGCCGGCCUGUUGCCUCAAGAGUGGCUCAUUUCUCUUGUAGAGGACCUAAUUCAGUUUCACCAGCAAUUCUUAAGCCAGACAUAGCAGCCCCGGGUGUCAAUGUUCUUUCAGCUGUAAGUGGUGUGUAUAAGUUAAAGUCGGGAACAUCAAUGGCGACUCCUAUUGUGUCCGGAGUAGUUGGAUUACUUAGAAAAAUACACCCUGAUUGGUCUCCAGCUGCAAUCCGAUCCGCUCUUGUCACAACAGCAUGGAGGACUGAUCCAUCAGGAGAGCCAAUAUUUUCUGAAGGAGCAACGCGUAAACUUGCUGACCCAUUUGACUAUGGAGGUGGCCUGAUCAACCCUGAGAAAGUAGCUGACCCGGGCCUCGUCUUCGACAUGGGGAUCAAUGACUAUGUUCAUUACCUUUGUUCCGCGGAAUACGAUGAUGAGUCCAUCUCCAAACUAAUUGGUAAAACUUACAAAUGCCCUUCGCCUUUGCCAUCUAUGCUUGAUACCAACAUGCCUUCCAUCAUAAUCCCAAGUAUCUUUGAAGAGGUCACUGUGACUAGAACCGUGACAAAUGUUGGAGCCGCUGGUUCGGUAUACAAACCUUUGGUUGAGAGUCCUUUUGGUAUAGAGUUUGAUGUGAACCCCAAGACUCUAGUGUUCGCUUCCAAGAAUACUAAGAUGACGUUUAACGUUAGAGUUAAAACGAGUCAUAGAGUGAACACUGAUUUUUUCUUUGGUAGCUUGUGUUGGACCGAUGGAGUUCAUAACGUUACUAUUCCUGUUGCUGUGAGAACAAAGAUCAUGAAGAACUAUGUUUUAUAA